GGUAUCCGUCUUCCGAGUCCAUGCAAGUUGUGACCAGCGGGCGCAUCUUGAAGUUCCUGCAAGGCACAUCUUCACCUCCGUCGUCCAUGCUGUCAUGUGGAAGCGUAGAGCAGCGGGCGCGUCUUCGGCUUAGGUGUACGUCAUCUCCUGCGACAGCGUACAGCAGCGCGUGCAUCUUCGGCUCCGGCGUGCGUGGUCUCCUUAGCAGCGGGCGUGUCUUUGGCGGCUGUGGCAGGCUUCACGCUGUAGAGGCGGAAGGAUUCUCAGAGAUGGACGUUCGCAGCUGCGGGCACGGUCUACGCGAAGAAGAGAUCGACGCGGUGGCGAUGGCGGUGACAGUCGUCGUCGUCAACACGAUGAGCGGUAUGUCGUCGUCCUCACGCGACAUGCUGACGCAGCUCCGUAAACGGAGAGCGCUGUUGCAGAGCAUCGCUGAAGCGCCGGAUUGCGUGGCCACAUAAGCUGGCGAGCUGUUCGACGCACCUCCGGAGAAUCUGGCGCACGGUGUCGUCACGCGAGGUUACCUGCUAGGCGACAACGGUUAUCCAGUUGCCUGUCCAUGGAUCGUGCAGCCGUACGGAGGAAUCGAGCAAGGUCCUGACGAGGAGCGCUUCGACACGUGGCAGAAGGUGGCACGGGGGUGUGUCGAGAGGGCAUUCGGGCGACUGAAGUGCAUGUGGCAUCUGUUCUUCCGCACCCACAAGACGAACCUGGAGACCUUGCCACAACAAUUCGUCGUGGCGUGCACUCUCCACAAGAUCCUCCUCGACGCGGGGAUCCACUUCGAUGAGAACCUUUUGUGGGAGGUGGAUGAGAAUGGCGUUCGGCGCAGAGUAGACUUGGGCAUUGUGGGGAACGGCACGGGCGGGCGGCGGCGGAGCACGAACGUGGACGGGGACUUGUUGCGGGAUGCACUUCGAGACCGCCUAGCUCUGAUGUAGGACCGUGCGGACGGGAGGGGGCGGGGGGGGG